CUCAACACUCCUCCACCGCAACACUACCCCCAAGGACCCCACGCCUACCAUUUAGCGUAGCCGCUCACUCGAAUAACUCCUACUACAUUGCAUUCGUCGCUCGUUUUUCCUCCUACUCGCGUCAUGUUCCGCAACGCGAUGUUAUGGGGCCCCUGGGCCCUAUUUACCGCCCUGAAUCUCGUCGCUGCAGAUGUCCAAUUCACGUCUCCCAAAGCCGGUGAUACACUUACGGGCGGCACGGCGAUAGUAGUGGAAUGGAAGGACUCCGGAGAUGCUCCUUCCAUCUCGGAUCUCACGACUUACCAACUGUUUCUCUGCGCUGGCGGCAAUGACGAAGCCUCAAUCGUACAACUCGUAGCGAUCACGACCUCUGGAACAUUCACAGUUACUGGGAACAAAGCCACUGGCACGGUUGGACUAGGGAUUGGGGCGUCCACUCCGAAGAAUGCAUAUUUCCUCAAGAUAAUCUCCACAGCCUCGAGCGGCGGUACCGUAACGAACUACUCCCCUCGCUUCUCCCUUAGCGGCAUGUCAGGCACCUUCCCAGACACCGUAAUCACGGCGAUGAAGGGCGUUGAUGGGACAGACGGCCCUCCCACCGUGAACGCUGUGAACCAAGGAGGCGCCGCUAAUCCCGUUGACGGAGAUCAGUUCAAGGUCCCGUAUACGAUGCAAACUGGAGUCACUCGAUAUGCUCCCAUGCAGAAAGUUCCGCCUACGAAGAUCACAAAGAAGGUUGCUUCAGCCAUGUAUCCCACGUCGUCAGUCAACAUUGCGAAAUCGAUUCUUCCGCGUCCGAAACAGCAGACAACCAUCACGCAGAGCCAGACCUUUUCAGUCUCGAGCAUGGAGAAUACGGUUGCCGCAGCUGCCAUGCCCUCCGACGACAUGGCCAAGUUUCUCGCAAGAUGGAAGGAUUGAAGGAUAUCUACUCAGAUAUAUAAUAGGGGAUCAUAAUUAUUUGCGGUCGACGGUGUCCAGGGCAUUUCUGUAGGGCGCAGGCGUUAGAUGGAAUAUACACUCUAUGAUAGGGGGGCUUUCUAGAAUUUUGGAGGGGUAGGGGCCGGGUUAAUAGUCCUGUAUAUCUUGAUAUCUACAUGGUGUCAGUGUUAGAGAUUAG